CAGUGUUUGCUUGUUUAGUUGAUUGUAAAUAGUCCUUCUGGACUUCCAAACCAUAAUAAGGGAUAGUGUAUUAAAUAUGAGCUGAGAUUGAGCUCCUUCAAAGGAAAGGACUUGGCCUGAGAUGUGAACAAGCAGGCCUGAAGAUUGUUAUUGAGAUCUGGAAUCAUAUGCCAUAAAAAGUAACUUGAAAGCAGGCCAGAUGGAAGUUGGCUCUGUCGUUUCACCAGUUAAGAACACUAUUUCACUUGAAUUUUAUUGGAACAAACAUCGCAUUACCUCAAGAAAAUAUAUUCUAAAGUGAAUACUUCUCUAAUGGAAAGAAUAGAUACUAACAUCAGAGAUUCUCACUCUUUGCAUCUUGAUGAUCGGAACAGGAUAACCUAUGAGGCUUUUGAAGCCCUCAUGGGAUCUGGCAUAUAAAAGGGGAAAUGGGUUUGGGCUGUUGGCUGUGAACUUGGCCCAGGUACUUCGAAACUUCCAUUAAAAAUGGCGUUGGGGCUCCGGGUAUACUUCGAUCGUUCUAAAACCCAGAGCAAGGGGUUUUACUAGGUUUUUGAAUCGAUACGUACCGGAAGUGAGGGACAUGAACCCGUUUCUGAAAAAGGCUUCAACCUCUUGCAGCAGACACUCCCUCUUUCGAGCACUAUCCAUUGCUGCUGCCGGGUCGGGCCUUCUCUAUGCUAAGGGCAACUCUUAUUCCGAUGCAACGGUGUCUCUAGCAGUUCCUCUACCAUUGCGUGAAUCUGUAUCAUUGCCAUGGUCACAGCACUUGAUCCCUUUGCGUCCUUCAUUUAUUUCUGCAGAUCACUGGCACUUUGGAAUUCUUCCAUUGUUUUAUUCUAGAGUUAGUCCUGCUCCAUCCGCUGACAUACAGAAAGAGAGUCCCGGUGUUGUUGAUGGUCCAAAACCAAGUUGUGGAUGCUUAGGCAGGGACACUAUAGCCAAUGCCGCUGCCAGGGUUGGUCCUGCUGUUGUCAAUCUAUCUGUUCCACAGGGAUUCUAUGGGAUUACUACUGGAAAGAGCAUAGGCUCUGGAACUAUUAUUGAUUCAGACGGCACUAUUUUAACUUGUGCUCAUGUUGUGGUGGAUUUUCAAGGCAUGAGAGGUUCAUCCAAAGGGAAGGUAGAUGUGACUUUGCAAGAUGGUCGUACGUUUGAGGGUACAGUGGUCAAUGCUGAUUUACAUUCUGAUAUUGCUAUCGUCAAGAUAAAGUCUAAAACUCCAUUGCCUACGGCAAAGCUUGGGUCCUCAAGUAAGCUUCGCCCAGGUGAUUGGGUGAUAGCUAUGGGCUGCCCACUUUCCCUUCAAAAUACUGUGACAGCUGGUAUUGUAAGUUGUGUUGACCGUAAAAGCAGUGACUUGGGUCUUGGAGGCAUGCGAAGAGAGUAUUUACAGACAGAUUGUGCAAUCAAUGCGGGAAAUUCUGGUGGGCCGCUUGUUAAUGUUGAUGGACAAGUUGUUGGUGUUAAUAUCAUGAAAGUAUUGGCUGCAGAUGGGUUGAGUUUUGCUGUACCAAUCGAUUCAGUGAUCAAAAUCAUAGAGCAUUUCAAGAAGAGUGGGAGAGUUGUCAGGCCUUGGCUUGGCUUGAAGAUGAUUGAUCUCAAUGAAAUGAUCACUGCUCAACUUAAGGAGAGAGAUCCUAGAUUCCCUAAUGUAGACAGAGGCGUUCUUGUACCAAUGGUAACUCCAGGGUCUCCUGCAGAUCGUGCUGGAUUCCAUCCUGGUGAUGUUGUGAUUGAAUUUGAUGGGAAGCCUGUCGAAAGCAUCAAGGAGAUAAUUGAAAUAAUGGGGGACAGGGUCGGCAUUCCCAUGAAGGUAGUUGUGAAAAGACCAAAUGAUAUUUUGGCGUCUCUGACUGUUAUUCCAGAGGAGGCAAAUCCUGAUAUGUGAAACUCUAGCAUUUCCUUUUUCACCGUACAUGUGAUGUCAUGCUGAAAGAGUUUAGAGUUAUAACCCUAAGCCGAACAUAAUUGAGCAGAUUGAGGCUGAGUUGAAUCGAAUUGAGAUUCCAUAUCAUAGGUCAAGUUUUGAAUUUAUGAGAAGGGCUUUUCAUGAUGAUGAUAUUUAGCCCUCUGAACAGAAGAACUUGCCUCUAUUAUUAUUAUUUUUUGGAAUGAUAAACAGUAUAAAUUAUUUUUUAAUGUCAAAGAAAUUUUCUGAA